AAGCAUACAUAGAAUUUAAUAUCAUUAGAAUCAGAUGUGACUAUUUUGUUGGGGGAUGAGAAACAGACUGACGCUCGAUUCAGAUUCAUAUUUAAAGUAGAAAUUCCGGUGACACAACACGAAUUGCUAAAAUUUUCAAAAAUUCCGAAACCAUAUCAACCGCUUGAAGUCUACAAACUAUUGAAGACAACGCCACCAGCAAUGGCACCGCCGAUAUAUUGUGAUUUGGGCAUGUUGGCUCGCAAUCUGUUCAAGGUUGGCUAUCAUCCAGGUCUCUGGCAAUUGGAGUGCAAAACUCUGACUAGCUCGGGCAUUGAGUUCUUCACCUCUGGUUUUGCCAAUCAAGAUGCCAGCAAGGUGAUGGGCUCGCUGCAAAGCAAAUAUACCAUCGAGGAUUACGGGGUCACAUUAACCGAACGCUGGAACACCGAAAAUUUGCUCUAUGGCCAAAUUAUGCAGCGUGAGAAAUUGGCCGAGGGUCUCAUGCUUAUAGCCGAAGCCAGUAUCCAGCCAUCAUCGGGGGAAAAGUCUGCCAAAUUGUUGGCUGAUCUCGGCAAGGAGAAGUUCAAUAUCUUGGGCAAAAUCGGGCUGAACAAAGGUGAUCCCUACAUAGCCGGUUCCUUGGUGUUGCAGCAUAAUGAAUUUCUGGGCGGCGCUUCGGUCAACUACGCCACCAGCAGCGAGAAUCUGGAAUGGAAAUUAGCCCUUGGCUAUACCAACGAACAAAGCACGCUUCAUGCCGAAUUAGUGAACGCAGAGGGCUGGCUAGUGUCGCUGUUCCACAAGGCCAACGAUAAGUUUGAUGUGGGCGUUGAGGUUGGCAAACCAAUGGCCACCACCAAUGAGCAGGGCGAGCAAGUGCCCAGCGACUGGAACUUAGGUGUGGGAAUGAUCUAUCGCCUAGAGGGCGAUGCUCUGAUUCGGGCCAAGAUCAACAACAAGGUUGAAUUGGGCUUGGGAUAUCAGCAGAAGCUGCGCGAGGGCAUCACAGUGUCUAUAUCGACGAUCCUCGAUUGCCAGAACAUCACCGAUGGCAAUCACAAGUUUGGUGUCGGCCUCUCCUUGCAGUGUUAGUUUAUAAGUUGAAUCACUGUUACUUAACUUUUUGCCUAUUGCACAAACAUAUUUUGUUAUUAAUUCUAUUUAAUGUCGAAAACUAAACUGUGCGUUACGAGAUUAUAAAAAUAAUAAAAAUACAAAUGAUGACGGAA